UUAGUCUUUGACUACAAUGACACUUCCGCAAUCGGUAUAAAACUACGGAAACAACACACCUAUCCUUACUAGAUCUACACUACGCAGUAUUAAUUAACCAAAUCUUUGAAAUGUUGUGAAUUUUUCAUAAUAUAUUAUUCGAAUAAUGGCACAAUCGUAUGCAGCUAGUCGACAAAAGGUGAGUGGUGGUCGACUGGGCAGUCAAUCAAAUCUUGUGGACAGUGGCUCGCAGCAAAAUUUGACUGGUACUCUCAAUCGCACUCAAGUUGAAAGGCGACCUGCCCAGUUUAUUUCAGCAAGAAGCCGAUUGGAAUCUGAUAGCACUCUUGAUGGACGCUCAAGUCCCAGACUUAAACGCAUCGCCAAGUCACAAGACAGACUUAAUAGUUCAAGCAGCAAUUUAUCAAGUUCAGGCAGUAGAAGCAACUUAGUUCAGGCGAAAUCCAUCCCCAAUCUGCAACAUCGAGCUGACGACAGCAGGGAAGAGAUUUCUCCGUUACCCCAGCAAGUAAACAGUCCAAACUACAGCAAUAUUUUAAAUUACAGCAAUACCAGUGCCAAUUACGACAAAGAUGGCUUUGGCAUCAAAGGAGCCCCCAGAGAUAGGAAUUCCCAAAACAGCACUAGCAGCCACUCCAGCUAUUCCAGUCAAGGGGUUGCUGUUGCUAACCCCAUACCUAGAUCUACCCCAUCAACAUAUACAAGCUCCAAAGCAGUAGACAACAGAUUACAUGAAUUUGAAAAAGUAAGAAUGGAUUACUUGCGAAGGGGUAAACUCUAUGAGGACACAAUCUUUUUGCCCAGCAAUGCCUCUAUUUACUUCAGUAGAGAACCACCUGUGCCAUUGGAAUGGGUGAGAGCUAAGGAUGUUGCACGUACAAACAGGCAAGCUCCCAGGUUUAUGCUUGAUGUCAACAGAUUUGAUGUCACUUUCGACAGAUUAGGUGAUUUUUGGUUGGUGGCAGCAAUAAGCUGCCUGACAGACCCAGACCAUCGUAACUUGUUUGAAUGUGUUGUUCCUGCGAAUCAGAAUUUCCAAGACAACUGGUAUGCUGGUGUGUUUCGCUUUAACUUUUGGCAUUUUGGUAGCUGGAAGCAAGUUCUUGUUGAUGAUUUGUUGCCAAUUUCAAGAGGACAGCUGGUCUUUGUUCAUUCCACACAGCUGAAUGAAUUCUGGGGUGCUCUUCUGGAAAAGGCUUACGCAAAGCUUUAUGGCUCUUAUGAAUCUCUAAAAGGUGGCCAAUUAAUGGAUGCACUGACAGAUCUGACUGGAGGUUUGACUGAACAUUUUGAUGUCAAAGGAGCUUUGCCCAAUCUGCCUACAAACAUUGUCAACAUUCUGUAUAAGUCACUGGACAGACUCUCAAUCAUUGCUUGUAGUAUAGAGGGCAAGACUGAAACAUUACUGCCCAGUGGUUUGAUGACUGCUCACACUUAUUGUGUCACAGAUUUGAGGAGGAUCCUAAGUGGUCAGCAACCAGUCACUUUAAUUAGACUUCGUAAUCCAAUUGGAGAAGAAGGCAACUGGAAAGGGAAAUGGAGUGAAAGGUCUCAGGAAUGGCAACAAAUUUCUCCAGAAAACAGAGCCCAGCUAGGUUUGAUUCUAAGAGAUGAUGGGGAGUUCUGGAUGGAGUUUGAAGAUUUCCUGGCCAACUUUGAUACAUUAGACAUUUGUCACCUUACCCCUGAUGCGCCAGUAGAUGUACAAAAAAGAUGGCAUACUGUUGAAUUUCAUGGGAAGUGGAUUGAACAUUUUAGUGCUGGAGGACGGCCAGUUUUAGAAAAAACUCACUGGACUAAUCCUCAAAUUCUGCUCAAGUUGAAUGAAGGAGAUGAAGAUGAAGAGAGAGUCUGUAGUGUCAUCAUUCAACUCAUGCAAAAAGAUAGAAGAAAAAUCAAACAGAAGGGAGAAAUACUUCGUUACAUUGGAUUCUUUGUGUAUCAGUAUGAAAAGGGCUACCCAGUGCCUCUGAAGAAAGAAUUCUUUGAUCACCAUCAAGAGAUUGCAAAUUCUGGAGCCUUCAUGAACAGCAGACAAAUUACCAAGAGACUUACACUGCCCCCUGGGGACUACAUUGUAGUACCCUGCACAUGGGAGGCCAAUGAGACAGCUGACUACUUCCUGCGAAUCUUCUUUGAGAAGCCAAAUAUUGCUGAGUACUGUGAUGAAAAGGCAGAAAAGGCAGAUGAUCAAAUUCUACAAGCAUCACCAGAAAACAAAAUUGUUGAAGAAAAUUUUAAAAAUUUCUUUUUUAAAGUUUCAGGGGAGAAUAUGGAAGUGGACUGUUUUAACCUUCAAGAAGCAAUGAAUGACAGUUUAAAAAGAGAUCCAUUGCUACCAGAGAUUAGUUUGGAUGCAUGUAAAAACUUAAUCCGCAUGAUGGAUGAGGAUGGCAGUGCAAGACUUGGCUAUGUAGAAUUUCAGUCUGUCUGGAAUCUCAUACGAAACUGCAAGAAAACUUAUCAAAUUUUGGAUAAUGGCAAUGCUGGUCUUCUGCAAGCCAUGAACUUAAGAGAGGCCAUUGGACAACUUGGUAUUAAGGUAUCCAACAAGACACUUGCCUCUUUGGCCUUUCAGUUUGGUGACAAAAGUGGACAAAUCUCUUUGGAUAGUUUUAUUAUUUUAAUGAGUCAACUUGUUAAAACUUUUAAAAAUUAUCAAGAUUACCAAAAAGAUGGAGCAGGGACAUUGACAAUUGAGCAGUGGUUGAUCAAGUGCCUGAGCUAAAAAAACAACAACUGCUGACUGCCACUUAAAUGCAUUUAGUUUUUAAUCUUUUUGUUUUGACCAUAUGCUGCCAUAAAGUGUCAACAUAUCAGCAUGAUAUUGCCUAAAGCGGACAAGACUACCGUGCCUCUACACUUAAUAUAUAUUUAUACAAAAUGUGUGUUACACAUGUAAGUCUUCAUUCUUUUUGUUUAUUUUAUUGUGACGUAUUUUCACAGCCCGUGUAUUUCUGUCAUAAAUUGAUGGACAUAAAGUAAACUUGUAAAUGAUAAUUGGAUUUGUCUCAUCUAGUUACCCAGAAACUUAAAAUAGUUAAUCACUUAUUAGCCUACAGAAACAAGAUCCCUUACACUCAUAAAGUAAGUCUAGAAAUUUUAGUGUAAGGUUCCAUGAGGUACAGUGGAAUGUUUCUUAGCUAUAUUUUGUUAAGUGUAAAGUUCCAUGAUGUAUUUUGGAAUGUUUCUUUACAUUGUUUUGUAUCAAGCAGGAACUUGAACUUUUCACUUGUUGAAAUCUCUACAAAUUUUGUUAACACUUAAAUUAUUUUUUUGAAGCUAACAACAAUUAGGUCACAAAUAUUUUUCAAAGCAAGCCAGUGCAGACAUUUGUGUAAAUUAGUGUGGAAGACAUAUCUUAACUUUUUAAAGGCUAAAAAAGUAAGAUUGAAAUAAUGUAUUUGAAAUUGAUCUAUCUUAAUAGACUAGUCUUAAAGAGUUAUCUUGUUGACUAAACAAAUAAAUUAGUAUACUCUCUAAACAAGUUUUUCUCUUAUUAAAGAUUUAUAUUGCAUGAGUUUGUGCAAGAAUUGAAGAGAGACUUAUUGUACAAAACAUUCUCUAAGAAACCUAAGACUGUUUGAAACUGUGUACUAGAAAUAGUCACAAAAUGUGUCUGGGACCAAGCAAUGACUUUCUUUGGAAAGUUUGUUUCAGAAUCAAUGUGUCAAUUAUUUUCUCUGUUCAUGAAACUUUUUAACUUGUACCCAUACAUAGUUUUAUCUUGUACCUGUACAUGGUUUGUGCUCAGCCAUUCCUAGUGAUUUAUUCCAAACAUAUAUUGAAACAAAAAUGCACAUAUUUAUUGAUUAUUGAAAAGUUCAUUCCAAUCUUCCUUUUAACUUUUCUUUUUUAUGCAUCAUUUUUUGUGAUUUGUAUGUAUUUAUAUAAAGCUGAGUUUUAGUUUACAUCAUUUACAAACAAUUUUUACUUUGUAUUUAGAGGGUUAUGUUUUUUUGUUUUUGUGUAUGUUGAUUAAUUAACAUCAUAUCAAUUAAAAUGUUUUUCUCUAUUCCUGAAGAUUGUGGUAGCAAGGACUUAAAAAAUUAUGACACUGAUUUCUUUGUGAGUGUUUUAUAGCUGUUAAAAAACUGGGUUUAUACACCAAAAGUUGGCUUGUUUAAUGAAUUGAUUUAGGAUUGCUAUUGUAUGUAAUACAUUAGGAGUUGGCCUUGAUAUUUAGAUAGAUAAUACAAUUGAGAUUUUUAAAAAAUCUAUCUAUCUAUGGCCACCUUCAGUCGCUAAGCAACUAUGGAAAUGAGAUGAAUGCCUAGGCAUUAGCUGUAGUCAGGACUAUGUCGCCCACUCGUCAGUUCCCCCCUCUCCACGCAGCUGAAUGUAUCCAAAGGAACAGCAGUGCCUAUACAGUUUGGGGUCAGCGGUUUCGCAGGUUCUGCCAGGGUGUAGCACUGGGUGCUGCAAACUGCCUUAGGGUCACCAGCUAAAUGCCCCAUAUAACUGUGCUACUUGUUCUUUUAUGUUAAAAAAAAAGCACAAAUUAAAAUUAUUGUAGAUCUUAUUUAUCAUGUGAGAAUCCUUUUUAAGAAGCCAUUUAUUUUAUGUGUGUGUGUAAAAAGAAUUGUUCUUUUUUAACGAAGCAUUCCAAGUGUUACUUUAUCCAAUGGAUGUUGGAUCCAGUGGUGUAGAAAUUUAUUAUGAAGAAGACAUUGUCUAACCCAAAACCUGUUACUACAUUCCAUGUACAGUUUAAAAGAACUUUUUUUUUUAUAUUCAUAUCGACAUAAUGAAUGCUCUCCUAUUAUUCAAUGGCUAGAUAAAGUGUUCAUAUUCUGAAUUGAAAGAGUAUUUAUUUUUGUAGAGAUUUUUCUGUAAUUUUAGUUAUGCAAUGUAUUAUUUUGAUUAAUAAUAAGACUUUAUAAUUAUUAGAAAUAUGAAUAAUCCAUGCAAAAUUUCAUAAAAAAUUUAUUUUAGCAUAAAAAUGUG